AUUAUUACAAAAGAAGCUAUGCUAAAUUGAGAGUGGAUUGAGAGGGAGAAGGUGAAGAAGACAAUGCCUUUGGGAAAAUAUUACUGCGAUUACUGCGACAAACAGUUUCAGGACACACCAGCAGCCAGGAAGCGCCACCUCUCCGGCGUCCAGCACCAGCGCAAUCGCACCCUCUGGUACGACUCUGUCAAAGAGACACAGUGGGGCUCUCUUCUUCAUCACGAUGCGAUUCUAGAUAAGGGAGUCUGCCACCAUUUUGUCCGCUUGGGAAGCUGCAAAUAUGGGGAUACAUGCAAAUACUAUCAUCCUACUCAAAAUGUGACAAAUGCAACUCAGGUUGCGACAGAAAAUCAACCUGGAUGCCACAUGGGAAUUUCAUGGGGUGACUUGCCUCCAUCUCUGAGACCUCCUCCUGAUGGCGGUUAUCCUCCUCUUCCUUCUGUCGGCUGGGGAUAACUCAUACUCAGAACUCCAUUUUUGUAUCAAAUUUCCCCUACAUAUUUCCUCCUUUGUUUCACAGGAAAGCAUAUCACGCUUCGCAAAAAUCCUAGCUUAUGCGGGUAUUUUGUUACUGUUCAAUGAUUGAUUUGCAAUGUUUAUUUUGUUACUGUUCAAUGAUUGAUUUGCAAUGUUUAAGCAUGGUUUGUAUGCGGAAAUUAUUUGCCUAAUUGACCCAACUGCAAAAAUAAAUUGGAAUUGUUCACAUAA